AUGGAAGUAAUAGGAAAGUUUAAGGAUGAAAUGGAUCGUGAACUGCACACGAUCGAGGAAAGAUGGAUGGAACGCACUCGAAAUACCAUGCAAGAGCGAGAUACACUUUUACAAAAACUACAACAACUCGAAGAACAAGUAGAUUCUUUGCGAGCCGAUCUGAACAGAGCUGUAGCCUACCGUCUUGAAGUAGAAGAGUCACGAAAUCGUAUGAAAAAUCAAUUGGAAAGUGUCCAGAGAGAUUACGAGGAGACAAUGGCUGAACGGAGUAGUGUACUGGAAGAGAAUACCCGAAUGGGAGAAGAACGCGAUCGACUCAAACAAACUGUACAUGCUCUGUCACGAACUCUGAAUGAGUUACGAGGAAGAACGACAAACUGUUUCAGGCGGCUUGACCAUAUUUUGAUGGUGAACGACAUCGACGUGAUGGAAAUGGAUCAACGUAGUGUCAUAGACAUUCUCAAGAAUAGUCAUCAUCUGAAGAUGCUGAUCCGGCGACGUGCCAACGCCUCAAACAUCGGUAUCGAGCUGGGUAACGGUGUGUUCGUAAAUGCUGUGAAUGCAGGUGGUCUAGCAAGUCGUGUAGGGGUCGAACCCGGCCAUCGGAUUGUACAUGUCAAUAAUGUGCCUGUUUAUGAUGCCAAGCAUGCGGAGCAACUUAUCAGAUGUAAGCUGAUACCCUUUUUAGCAGUUCCUCACAAGUUCCUCUACAAAAAGAAAAUUUUAGGUGGGAGUGGACAAGUUGUCGUAGGCCUUCUGGACGGUAAGAAACGACCUGAUCCCUAUGCGAAGGAUCAGUCUAAGCAAAAAGUGACACUGUUUUCCAAGAUUUUCGGGCGGCAGUCAGUCGAUAAACCCAGAGUGGUAGCCAAAGCAAACAUUGGUAACACAUCAGGAGAGCCGGCGUUUCUUCGCCAGGGAUCAUUGCGGAUCCCAUCUCAACAGCAUGUUUCACCAGAACUGGUUCGUUAUGGAUCUCUGAGAGCUCCACAGGGAAGUGCAGAACAUGCAAAGAUCGUUGAACAGUUGGAUCACUUCCUCAACAAAAAUCACAGCUUACGAUCGUCGGUCAUUUGUGAAGCGACCGGCAGUACCUGGCCGAAAUCCAUGCAGAUGGUCGAGGAGCAGGCUGCUGCAGUGCCUCCUCGUCGACGACUCCACCGUCCAUCAGUAUUCCCAAAGUCUCGUCGACCAGAUGCGGUUGUUCAUCGCCGUCAUCAGCAUGGUCACCUCGUUCUACCCGAGACUCCACCAUCAGGGACUUUGCUGUCAGAGACAUCGGACAGAGUUCGACGAGUAUGCCUCAGCAAGGAAGGCAAUGAAUUCGGACUUGGAUUGGAGAAUUCCAAUGGUGGAGUAGUGAUAUCAAAUGUGCCCGGAAGGGCCAAUGGUCUUGUUCGGAGAGGAGAUCGACUACUUGACGUCGGUGGAAUAAAUAUGCGGUCAGCUGACAAAGACGCAGCCAGUAAGGUUUUGACACAAUUCUGUGUCAGCCAAGAUGAGUCUGUACGUUUGUGUGGAGGAAAUGCGAUGGGUAUACUGUCAGAGGCAGCAGCAGGAGAGUUACAGGAGGGAGAUCUAAUCCUUGAAAUCGACGGCUACAAUGUGCGAGGUGCCACAUUGGAGGAAGCAACCGAGGCUCUUCUUGAAAGCCUUUCUGAGAUGGCUGAACUACAUGUAGAAGACGGUGGUGAUCGACUAAACCGGCUUCGACUCGGAGCAGACGGUGAUUCCUUCUACGUGAGGAUCAAUGUCGAUCGCAAUAGUGAAAACAAAGACGAGCUUGAUAUCAAAGCGGGUGAAAUAGUAUUUGUCGACAAUACAAUGUUCAUGGGACAACGGGGCAAAUGGCGGGCAUGGAAAGUAGACCGUGAGGGUCGACAACGAGAAAACGGAAUCAUCCCAUCGGCUACACACAUGGAACGGUCCGACAUGAGGGGCAAGAAAGCCAAGGUACUACACAGCUCUCACCAUCGCCAAACUAUUCCCACCAUCUUUUUCUCUCUUCAGAAUCGCAUUUCUCUGACACGGCCAAUCUGUGAGCGUGUGGAACGGGUUUCGUCGUCUAAAAGACGACCAAUUGUACUUUUUGGUCCACUUCUUACUCCGUUCAUUCAGCUACUUCUUGACGAUUCCAGCAAAUUCUCCCAUUGUGUACCAGAAUGUCGAGCAUUGCAAUCCAUGGAAGUAGAUCGGCUUCUUGCCAGUUGUGAAUUGAUCGAAGCAAGAAGAAGAGAAACGCUCUACGAUGUCAUCACUGCACCUGCUAUUCAACAUUUUGCUGAAAUGGGUAUCCACUGCAUUGUCGACGUGUCACCGAGUGGCAUCCAACGUCUUCAUUCCCUUCGAAUCUAUCCGAUUGUGAUUCGAAUCAAAUUCAAAUCAGCGAAACAAAUCAAAGAUGUUAAGGAGGAUUGCUGUGGCGAGAAGAUCACCACGAAACAGGCCAAAGAUCUCAUCGAUAGGGUACGAGUUUUUUUGAUUUUUGGCAAGAAUUUGCAUUUGGAGGUGGUCAGGCCAGGUGGUGUGGUGGUAGGUGGUGAAGUAGCCCAAGCGCAUAGUCCACGGAUCGGAUCCCGGGUCCAUGUCUCUUAG